CACGAAUUGACCGGCAGCCAUCAUGGUCCGACAACUCAAGCACCACGAGCAGCGCUUGCUCCGGAAGACAGAUUUCAUUACUUGGAAGCAGGAUAACAACCACAGAGAUGCGGCUGUUAUACGGCGAUACAUGAUCCAAAAACCCGAAGAUUAUCACAGAUACAAUCGAAUUUGCGGUUCUCUGCGCCAACUAGCACAUCGCCUCAGUUUGCUUCCCCCCGAAAGCCCCACGAGACGGAAACAUGAGGAGCUUCUCCUUAACAAGCUCUACGAUAUGGGCAUCCUAUCAUCCGCCUCCAAACUGUCCAAUGUUGAGAACAAUGUCACGGUGUCCGCGAUGGCGCGGAGAAGAUUGCCAGUGGUUAUGACCCGAUUACGAAUGGCUGAGACGGUUCAGGCGGCUACCAAGCUCAUCGAACAGGGACAUGUCAGAGUUGGUGUCGAGACUAUUACGGAUCCUGCAUUUUUCGUUACGAGAAACUUGGAGGACUUUGUGACCUGGGCCGUUGGCAGCAAGAUCAAGCGAAACAUCAUGAAAUACCGCGACAAGUUGGAUGAUUUCGAGCUGCUAUGAGGCGAUGGGAAGGGUUCCAAUUGUUUCACCUAGGACUGGGUACAUCGUGAUGAUUAAAUGUACUUGAUUUGGUUCAUAGCAUGGCGUUUGAGGGCAUGAAAAUACAGUAUUAAGUCUAUUUGUUUGACUAAUC